GGAAGUUUACGUUGAAUUUUGCAAAUCCACUGCUGUGACUCUCCACGAUCUAGAUAUUGGAAAGAGGUGAAGUUCAUUGUGCAAGCAAAGUCAAACAAAACAACAGCUUAUUGAACAUUUGUUUCUUUUUGAUGUUGAGAUGGCAAAACGAGAUCAUUUUGAUGUGCUGAUUGUUUGUCCUCGGGAGUCAGAGCUGCAGGCUGCACGUCACGUGUUUGAACACGAAACAAACAGCAAGUUUGAAGGAGCUCACACUGAUCUCCCUUACAACCUUCGUUUAUGUCGUGGAUGGAAUGAUUUGCCUUUGAAUGUUGCUAUGGUGGCUCAGGUGGGUUCGGGUCAUAUUGAGUGUACGAAGCUUGUUCCUGAUCUGGCAAAACAUUUUACUGUUGGUUUGAUUGCAAUGACGGGCACUUGUACUGGAGAAGAAGACAAGUACAGAGGAAUAGAAUAUGGGACAGUUGUGGUUGGCAACAGAACAACAACAGAAUGUGGAGGGUUAGAGAAGGAAGAUGGAACAGUUCAAUCUCGUGUUUGUUACAAGGAAUUGGACAAACGGCUUUCUCCUGCACUGAAUGAGCUUGUGGAAAUGAGAGAAAGUCACAAGUGGUCAUCAUAUGUUCCUGCUGUAGUAUAUCGUGCCAGUCCACGAUAUGUGAAGGAGCUGCUGUUAGAGUGUGUGUUAGAUAAUGAAGGUAUCAGUAAGAGAAAACUUCUUACAGCCGUGGAAUCCAAAAGUUUGGGUUUGACCAAACUUGACAUUGAUGAGGUGCUAGACAAGCUGCAGAAGGAGCAGAGGCCAUUGAUAUAUGCCCCACAAGACAAGCAAUGGGAAUACAAGUCAACUAAUGCAGGACAGUUAUAUGCUAAUGUUCAAGUGAAAUUUCCAUGUGAAGACAAAACUUUUACUGUUGUAUUUGCUUCAAUAGGAUCAGUUUUCAUAGAAACUGAGAGACUUGACAUGACAAAAGUGAGGCAACGAAUGGGAGAUCACAACAUCAAAGCUAUUGAUAAAGAAGCUCAUUCAUUUAUGGAACAAGCGACAGACAGGUUCAGUCCUGGAUUAGCUGUUGUGAUGAAGGGAAUAUCUGACUACGGAACUGAGAGCAGCAAACUGAUGUAUUAUGAAGAUUAUGCUGCUGCCACUCCAGCUGCAUUUCUGAGACAUUUCAUUACUGAAAAGAAGUCUGUGAUCAGUUCUAGGUCAUUGAAAGCUCAGCUGUUUGAUUUGCGUGACAUUGUGUGUGACAAGUGGCGAGAUUUGGCAGAUCGUCUCAACAUGAGCAGAUAUGUUGAGAUGAUAGAACUGGAGGAACAUACAAAGAAGGAACGAGCAUUUAUGAUGCUACGCAAAUGGAAGUCGAUGGUAAAAGACAAUGCAACUGUAGAGAAGGUAAAAGCUGAACUAAAAGAGAUUGAAGAGCAGAAGAAGGAAGAAGCCAUUGCAAGUAUAGUUUUUCCCAAUGAGCUAAUGGAAGAAAAGCAAUUUUGUGGUCGCCAUAAAGAGUUGACAAUUUUGUCCAACACAAUGUGGGGAGAAAAGGCUCCACAAGUGUCUACGUCAUUGAAAUUCUGCUGUGUGGUGAUCAAAGGAAUGGGCGGAGUGGGGAAAUCAUCUUUGGCAGCCAAAUAUGCAUUUCAAUGUAAACAUCUGUAUAGUGAUGGAGUGCUGUAUUUCAAUGCAGAAUCAUGGGCAACACUGACAAACUCAGUCAUACACAAUCUCACAGUUUUGUCUUUAAGUUCUCCUUCUGUUUCACGUUCUCAAAGUCGAUUUGAUGAGCUAAAGAGCAAUCCAUUACAAGACAACAAUGCAGUGUUGCUUAACCACAUUUUUAAGCUUUCUAAGAUGUUGCUGGUGUAUGAUGGUGCAGAUGAUCUCUCUUUUCUGCCUAAAAUUCUUCCUCGUUCAACUGCUCGUGUCCAUGUAUUGAUCACAACUCGAUGUGGUGAUCGUUCUGUGUUACAGAAAUCACUAAAUCAUGCGCAUGUCAUCUCUCUUGGUUGUUUGGAAGUGGAAGAUGCCGUGGCAGCUGUAGCCAUGUGGUCUGGUCAUCAACCGUCCAACAGUCAAGAAACAGCAGCAGCCACCAAAUUGUCAGUUGAACCUCCCAUAGAAAAGCUAGCAAUUGCUCUUGCUCAUGCAGGCACGUAUAUGCGAAAAGCACAUCUAAGUUAUGAGGAAUAUUACAAACUGUUGAAAAGAGAUGAAGUUGAACUUGAGGCUUUGGCAUUGGAUCUUGACAAACUGUUGCAUUACUUUAGAGCAAGUCGUCUACAUGAAGUGCUCAUGGAAGCUGAUGUAACUCAGCCUUCUGAUUUGAAACGGUUGAGUGACAAGAAUAUUGAUGAGUUGGAUAUAAGUGAACGUGACAAAAACGUUGUAAAAGAUAUGGACAUUGAAUUGGUUGCAAGAGAUAAUCCCAAAGCGUUGUCUCUACUUGAAUAUGCAUCAUUUCUGUCUUCAAGAGACAUUCCAGAGAAGCUCGUUCGUCCUCUUGUGUUUGUUGAAUGGCACGAUACAGCAAAAGGUUACACUUUGAAUAUUCAUCCAUUGGUGCAGUCAACAGUGAUGGAACGUGUCAAGCAGCAGCCAGAUGAGUUUGAACGUAAACUAACUGAUGUUUGUAACAAUAUGCUGUCUCAUCUACCGCAAAGUGAAAUGGACUUAGAUUGUCUUCCAAGUGAUAUACGACUUCAACUUGCUUCUCACUCGUACUCGUUGACAAAGCAUGUAUUGCUAGCUGAUGUAGAAGUACGAACUUGCUUGGAUUUGGUUAGGUGUACGUGUGUUAUAUUUAUGCAGUACCAGUCUCCUGACACAUCAUGUUAUUUGUGUGAAAAAUGGUUCCACAAAGUGAUGCAGUUGCACAGUUUGCCACUUGAGGUCAAAUGCAAAUGGCUCAUAGAAGCAAGGUAUCUUUUGGGUCUGGCAUAUCUUCAAAAGUUCAAAUUUAAGGAAGCAUUAGAUUUGAGUCUGAAAACCAAGAAGAUGAUUGUUGAGUUAAAACCAGAUGAGAAGAAAGAAAUAUAUCAAUAUCAUAAAUGUGUUUUGGGGGCUAUUUGUAUGUGCUAUCACAAACUAAACAAAUGUGAAGAAGAAAAGUUUUAUCUGAAAGAGCUGAUGUUGCUGAUGAAAACUUCUGGAGAACAAGUUGGAGCUGAAUUUGCUUCAAUUGAAUGCAAGAUGGCACAGAACUACUUACAGAGAGGUAAACGAGACAAAGCAAUGAAAUUAUGCCAAGAGGUGAUGGAAAAGUUAAAUGGUAUGGAGGAAUAUAAUCAGAUCGAAGUGAUGUCAGCAUUAUCAAGUAGUUUUUUAUCUUUUGGAGAAUUUGAAAAAGCAGAUGAUUUAUUGGAUAAGUUAUGCAAAUUGAUUUCCAGAGUUGGUUAUGACAGUCUUCAAAAUUAUGAGCAUUUUACUGUCAUGAGGCUCAAGUGUGAGUGUGAGAUUGAAAGACCUAAUGCAUCAAAAGACAAGCUUACUGAAGCAUUGGAAAUAGGAAAAUCAGCUUUGUCUAUUGCUCAGUCUUUCCUACCAUCAGAAAGUUUUGAGAUUUUUGAUUGUAAACUGAACAUUGCUAGAUGUAACAAGAAAUUAGGAAAUAUGGAAACGUGCAUUGAACAACUGAAAGAGAUGAGGAAAGUUGAAGAGGCAAACAUGUCUGAUUCACAUUACAGACUAUGUGAUGUAAUAAGCGAAUUAGGAGGCAUACAUGUGGAGAGAGGUGAUUUAUGUGAAGCUCUGACGUGUUACAAGGAAGCAUUAGAGCUGUACCAGCAGGAGGACACUUCUCAUCAUGUGGACAUUGCUAAUACUCUCAUGUUGAUUGGUACAAUAUAUUGUAACAUGGGCAACAUCACUGAUGCUGUAAAGCAUUUAGAGCAGUCUAUAGAAAUUAGAGAACAGAAGCAGUUAUCGCUUUGUCGUGAAGCUGGUCAAUGUUAUGUGUUUCUAGGAGCUUGUCAUUUACUGACAGUAGAAAGACAGACAACAUUUGAACAAACACUACAAGGAUUUUAUCAAGCACAAGAGGCAUAUACUAAAUCUCUCAACAUACUGUUAUUUUAUUCAAAUUGUGAUCAAGAAAUAUUGGAAGUGUUGAGGGACCUUGCUACUUUAUAUGACAUGAAAAUUGAUGAGGAGACUAUAGAUGAGAAGGCCACUAUGCUAAAACUAAUAGCAAGGAAAGCAUAUACUUGGAGAGAUUAUGCCAGAGCUAAAGAUUUGUUCUACAUGCAAAUGAAAGUUGAAGCUGCUACAAUGGUUGUACAGCCAGUACAAAAAGCUAUUGCACUGCACGACAUCGGUUUGUGUCAGAUACGUCUCUCACAGUUGGAUGAAGCUGAGGAAACGUUUACUGAAUCACUGAGAAUUGCUCAAUCUCUGAGACCAGAAGAGCAUCAAAGUUUACAGAUUUCAUACAGAAAAAACCUGCUUGGACUACUAGUUGGGAUGCUGAAGUACUUUAGAACGUUAUUAUUUACUAUCAGACUUAUUAGUAACACAAUACAGUCACAAGAUUCAUGAAGUGUAUUUUACAGUUAGUGCUGAUUGUCAUAUGUCUGUAUGUUUGUUUGCUUUUUGUCUGCUUAUUGAUAUCAAAUAUAUUCUAAACUUAAU